UCACAGCUGUCUGAAUUCUCAUGAAUAUUAUCACACAGACGUGGGAGGUGACACGACUGAGAUCAAAUCUAGGAAACAUUUCAGUUGGUUGUUCUGUCUUCUACUUAAACACGAGGAUGACACCACACAGAAAGUUAAUACAGUUGAGAAGCUGAAUGUCAGAUGUCUACGUUAAAAUGUUAUUAAGGUCUCAGGAUGGAAACAUCACACCGUCUGAGAACAUGUUAAUCACAGCGAUGAGCCGAGUUUGCCUGACCCGCGAAGUCAAAACCAAACCGCUCGUGUUGUUUGUGUUCAGACUGGAUUGACGUGGUCGUUUAUUUUUACACUUUCGUGGGCAACCAAAAAAAAAACUCAGCGUGGUGACAGACCAGUCAGAUCAAACUGUUCCCUCCCAUCUCGCUGUUCCCCUCAAGAUUAAUCAUCCUGUGCUGCAAUCUAAAUUAACGGCUGUUUCAGGUGGAUUUGCGAGACGAUGCUGAUCAUAUUUUGCGUAGCUCUCGUGUUCACCGCUGGCCGAUGCACGGCUGACAGAAGCUUUGUCAACAAGACCGUUGGUGUUGGAGAAGAUGUGACUCUAACAUGUCGCCGCCAGUCCAGUUUGUCAGGAGUCUUAUUUUGGAUUCGACUCGUUGUAGGAAGUUUCCCUGAAGUUGCAGCAGCUACGUAUACUUUUGAUGGUUCCAGCGUUCAUACGAGCUCUCGCUUUAAAGCCAAACAAGAGCCUGGAACAUUUGUUCUAUAUAUUACCAAAGCAGAGCUGAGUGAUGCUGCAUUCUACUACUGUCAACAAGUUAUUGAACUACGAGCCACAUUUCUGAAUAAAACCUUUCUGAACAUCACAGAACCUGAAGUCACUGCCAUCACUCAAGACUCUCUGUCUGCUCCGGUCCGUCCAGGAGACUCGGUGACUCUGCAGUGUUCAGUCCUCUGUGAAACGUGUCCAGGAGGACACAGUGUGUUCUGGUUCAGAGCCGGAUCGGAUGAAUCUGAUCUCGGUGUAAUUCACAGUCACGGCGGUGCUGAAUGUGAGACGAGUCUCGAGGCUCGAUCUCCACAGAAAUGCAUCUACAGCUUCUCUAAGAACGUCAGCUCGUCUGAUGCCGGGACUUAUUACUGCGCUGUGGCCACAUGUGGGAAGGUUUUAUUUGGAAAUGGAACAAAACUGGACACUGAAGCUAACGUGAAGGUGUCGGGUCGUUCUCAGAGGACCAGUACAGUUCUGGCUCUGCUGUGUUCGGCUCUGGCUUUAAGUCUGCUUGUUAUAGCCUCACUGACGUACGCUGUCAGGAAGAAGAGGUGCCAUUGUUGUAAAGCUGCUGCUGCUGUCCUGCAGACAAAAGCUGCAUCAACCACUGAUGAUCAACACAGUCAGCGGACAGAUGAAGACUCUUUGAUUUAUGCUGCACCAAACUUCAUCAGUAACAGCAGCAGGAGUGUCAGGAGAGCUGCAAGUGCAACCGAGGCAGAAAUCAUCUACUCUGUUGUCAGGCAGUGCACCUGUUAUAUCUCAUCACCUUUACUCUCUGAAAACCCAACAAGGAUCCCAAACAGAGACAACAUCAAGAUGAUCUGUUUAUGGAUCAUGUCGCUUCUUCUCCAUCAAGCAUAUGCAUUGAUCCCAGUGACCACAGUUCACCUUGGCGAGUCUGUGACCUUCUCAUGUUUUUUCCCCGAUUUGGACUACAGCAAUACCCGAGUCAAGUGGUACAAACAGAGUGUUGGUGAUACUCUGAAGUUGAUAAUUACGCUGAUGAAAGCGAGUGAAAAUACUGCAUUUGAAAGAGGAUUUCCUUCCUCACGAUUUGCGACGAGCCACAACUCAACCACGAGCACUCUGACCAUCUCAGAGACGAUGGAAGAGGACGAGGCAGCGUAUCACUGCGGCGUCUCAACCUGGAACCAGGAUCUGUGGAGUGGCACGUAUCUGUCUGUUAAAGGAAACACUCGGGGGAUGACGGACUACACCGUCGUUCAGUCGGCGACGGCGUCUGAUCCCGCUCAGCCAGGAGACUCUGUGACGCUCACGUGUUCGCUCUUCUCUGACUCUGUGAAGACGUCCUGCGGCGACGAACACAGCGUGCUCUGGUUCAGAGUCGGAUCAGAGAAAUCUCACCCAAACAUCAUCUACGCUGAAGGAAAUAGACGUGAUGGAUGUGACAAGAAACCUGACGCACGUUCUCCUGCAAUGAGCUGCUUUUAUAGCUUCUCUAAGACCGUCAGCUCCUCUGACGCCGGGACUUACUACUGCGCUGUGGCCUCGUGUGGGGAGAUAUUAUUUGGAAAUGGAACAAAACUAGACAUUGAAGGAAGCAGCUUGCGGUGUGAUCCGGGGUACAGUAUAGUUCUGUUCCUGUUGUGUGCCGUCGUGGUUACAAGUGUGAUUGUUCUAGCCGUCCUCAUUUACACCAUCAAGGGAAACAAGUGUGAUUAUUGCAAUAAAGCUGUUUCCCUGCAGGAACGUGUUAUACAAAGAAAUUUAAAGAGAGGCAACGCUGGGAUUCAUUCUGCUGCCGUCUUCACGAUGAUGAAAACUGGCAGUGGUGGAACGAGGGAUGCAAAUGCAGUGGACAGAAAGAGGAUCUACGCUGCUGUCAAGGCUUUUGGGUUGGAUCAGUAAAUUCACAGUGGCGUCAUGCUGUGACGG